CUCUGUAGCGGCUGUGGCUAACGCACUAACAGCUCAUGCUGUAGUUGGAUUCUGUAAAACAGUGAAAAUGAACAGACUGAAUAAAGCGCAGGAGUUUGACUCGUAUGAGAUCGAGGAGCCGAGCGAUGAGGAGAAAGCUGACACCAGUUCGGAGGACGAGCUGGAUGUGCUGCUGAACGGGACUCCGGACCAGAAGAAGAAGCUGAUCAGAGAGUAUCUGACGGGGGAGAGCGAGUCCUCCAGUGGGGAUGAAUUUGAGAAGGAGAUGGAGGCAGAGCUCAGUUCUACCAUCAGGACCAUGGAGGGAACCUGGGGACCAUCAAUAGCAGCUAAUGCAACAGAAACCUCAGGAAGUGGAGGAGGAGGAGGAGGUGGCGGUCCUGGACUUCCUAAUCCUCGGAUGUACGAUAAUAUUUACUUUGACUCUGACUCAGAGGAGGAGGACACACCAAGCAGCUCCACAGGCCAGAGACAAAGACAGCGGAUCAUACCGACCAAUGACGAGCUGCUGUAUGACCCGGACGAAGACGACAGAGACCAGGCUUGGGUGGACGCUAGGAGGAAAGCGUAUACCAGAAAACGAUCAGCGGCAGCGUUCCGGUCGCAGCCUCGUCGGCCUCAGGGUUUACCUAACAGUGACGCCGUUCUCAACUGUCCCGCCUGCAUGACAACGCUUUGUUUGGACUGUCAGAGGCAUGAAAAGUACCGGACGCAGUAUCGUGCCAUGUUCGUCAUGAACUGCACAGUGAAGAAAGAUGAGGUGUUACGCUACAAAACCCAGCAGGAGAGGAAACAGAGGAACAGGAAGAGGAGGAGGGGACAGAAAACAGAAAUACCAGCAAGUGAGGCUCCUGACCCGAUGCCGGCAGGGAUGGACACAGAUGAGGUUUACCACCCGGUGCAGUGCUCAGAGUGCUCCACAGAGGUGGCCGUGUUCGAUAAAGACGAGGUGUACCACUUCUUUAACAUCCUGGCCAGCCACUGCUGAGGUGGACUGAACGAGCUCUGAGCGGGACGGAUUUUACUUUUUUGGUUUGUCUCUGGUUCCUCACCUCAGCUUUUUCAGCUGCAGCAUUUAAGAACGGGGCCAACUGCUUCUUCAGCGUCCCGGCUGAGACGGAGAUUCCUGCUGUGAAUCUCUUCAAGGGCACCAGUCUGUCAGUCAUGAGUAAGAAUGAGCUCAUAAGCAUUCAAAGUAGAUCCCUUGGUAAAUUGUUUCACCUACCUACUGAGCAAGAGUAAAUAGUAAAAAGUGAAAGUAAAUAUGAUUCUGGAUCAGGAAAGCAGUGUGAUCUAUCUGAAACUUUUUAAAUAUCUGACAAAAAACUGAAAUGUGACUCUGUGUGUGACCAGAGCCUGACAAAUACAGGAUGGCUGAGGCUUAUACAUCAAUAUUUGGGAAUUUCAACAAUCUGAUAGUGACAGAUAUUCCUUUUUGUUACCAAAACAUGUCACAUAAGUAAACCUGAUGUAAGAUGAUGUAUUUAGCAGGACAUUUCAAGUCCAUUGGUUCCUACAGAAGAUGUAAUAAUACUCAGAGUAAUUACCAUCUCACAACUGUAUAGUGUCAUUAAACUAUUUUUUUUUGCCGCAAAUUUCUUGGUCUUUGUAAUUUGUAUCAAACAAAUAGAAGGAAAUGGGGCAUAUGUUUGGAACUACUCAGCUGUGGAUUAAUAUACAUUUGCUGAUGCUGUUGUGAGUAUUUGUGGCAGUAGGAUGGUGUGUAUGGGACUGAGUCUAAAUAAACUACAGUGUAUGUAUUCAU